AUCGAAACAUCACAGGAUACCAUCCCAAUCAAUGUCAAACCGUUUCCCCGAGUCACCAGGCUUUUACUUGAAAACUCACUGUUACCUUGUCUGGCAGAUGCAGGCUGCUUGUGAUAAUCAAUUUUUAUCGGCAUUCUGUUCAUAAGUCGGCCCAAACCGACACCCAGCUCCAUCAUCCACAAUAAACCCAGUUCGCCCGGAGUCCGCAAUUCCUCGAACCGUCUCUUGCCUCCCACUGCUUACACAAAGCAUCUGUUCGGGGUUCGCAUCUUUGUGUCACGUCAUAUUUCGAUCAACCACGGAAUUUCCUGUCCUUGAGAUCGGUCUCCGCACCUUGUCUGGGACUCCUUUUCGUUCCUGGUCUCGACAUUUUCGAUACCUUACUACCUCCAACUACCUAAACGGGGAAGCACUUACGGCAGCAGCCUUCGUGAAGAUUACCGCUACCUUGAAAUCUCUCAGCUCAACUCAAGGGAGGGAUUCAGGGACAUCAACCAUGUGCACUUGGUCCUACCUUCACCACCACCACGUUCAGCCGUGCCCUCGGCCGAUUGACAAUGUUUUCCACUGGGAAUUCUGCAUAGACGCUGGAAGAGAUUCAAGAGAUUCGGAUGGCAGCUUCCAGACUCCCUGCGAUAGAGUCACUUCCAAUGCGGUCCAGAACGUUGAUUUUGAUAAUCCUUGCGCAACCGGAGGCUGUCUGAUUUCUCCCGAUUGCAGUGCCGGCAGCUGCCGUUUGAAAGAGUUGAACAGUCAUUGGAUCUGUUGUCAAUGCAGCAGAGGAAGCAACACAAUGCGCUGGUGUCGACACAAAAUGAAGAAGAGUCCAGACACUUUCUGUUACCACCAAGUCUGCAAAAAUUGUACGGCGGACACUAACACCUGAGUCCUGACGACCACGCUAGAGCAAGACAGGUUAAUGGGCACCGCACACCCACUGAGCUAUGAUGAUAGGCGACGACGUGGAGACAGGAAGGAAUACACGAGGAGUUCGCAAGAGUGAUUUGGAAUCUUUCAACAGACCGACAAUUUGCUAUUCCAGAAGUGGCGCCAUAUCUCACUCGAUGCUCGUUCACCAGCCGCCACAUCCAAGUUCUCGGCUCUUCAUGGGCCGUGGAAAAACGGGUAUCAGAGUCUAGGCUUUUAGGCCCUAGUCCAGCAGCUGAUGUCGGGCCGUACACGGAUCGGGAUG